GCCUGAAGACUUGGCUAUUUGAACAGCUAAAAGCUCCUGAUCGAGGCUGAAUUCUGUCUGGGACUUUCUAAUUUUUCCUGCUGUUUCCUCCCUCUGAACAUUCUUUAAAGAUGUUUUUACAUUUUUAAGUUCCUGCCAUCAUACCUGGUUCCCGCAUUUUGGGUCCCACUCUAUCACUUCCUGACAUCAACAGUUCUUUCAGUUCAAGAACAAGAUCAGCUGACACCUGUCUGUGUGUAAUUUCAUCAAAACAAGAUGAAGAAAUUAUUGAUUCUGUUCUUCCUCUGUCACACAGUUUCUGCAGUGAAACACUCCCUGAAGUUCUACCUUACUGGCACUUCUGGAACAGCAAACUUUCCAGAGUUUGUUGGUACAGCAACAAUAGAUGACAUUGAGAUUGGUUACUGUGACAGCAUGAAGAGAAGAGCUGAACCUAAACAGGAUUGGAUAAGAAAUCUGACAGAAAAAAAUCCCCAACAGCUUAAGUGGUAUUCCCAGAAGUGUCUUGGAUAUCAGCAGCUCUUUAAGUCUUACACGGAGGUUUUUAAGAAACAUUUAAACCAAACUGAAGGUUUUCACAUUCUCCAAAGAAUAAGUGGCUGUGAGUGGAAUGAUGAAAGUAAUGAAGUCGAAGGGUUCCUUCGUUAUGGAUAUGAUGGAGAAGACUUCAUCUCUUUGGACCUGCAGAGCAUUACAUGGAUCACUCCUAAAACACAAGCUGCUGAGAUAAAAAAAUUGUGGGAUGCAGAGAAAGCGAGAUUAGUGCACAUGAAAAAUUAUUAUGUGUCAAAGUGUCCUAAAUCCCUACAGGAAUACUUGCACUACAGGAUGAGUUUUCUGCAGAGAACAGAGCGUACUUCAGUGUCUCUUCUCCAGAAGACUCCCUCAUCUCCAGUCAGCUGUCAUGCCACUGGAUUUUAUCCUGACAGAGCAAAGCUAUUUUGGAUGAAAGAUGGACAGGAGAUUCAUGAGGGAGUGGAGAAGGGAGAGAUCCUCUCCAACAAUGAUGGAACCUUCCAGAUGAGCUCUGAGCUGGAUGUUUCAUUAGUCAAACAUGAGGACUGGAGUAGGUAUGACUGUGUGUUCCAGCUCUAUGGAGUAAAGGAAGACAUCAUCACCACACUGGACAAAGCAAAGAUCCAGACAAACUGGGUUUCCUCCUCAGAGUUUCCAAUUGGUCCUGUUAUUGGAGGAACUGCUGGAGUGGUUCUGCUUCUGGUGAUCAGUGAAGUGUUCUGCUUUUGUAGAAAAAGAAAUGACUUCCAGGCUGUUUAUGGUGACCAAGAAAAAGAAGAAAAAAUGUGAAAGGAAAUGUUCCAAAGCACCUCAAGAAGGAUUUUGUUUAUCUGAUAAACGGUGUAUUUUUACAAAAAAGACAGAAACACUGCAGAUGAUUAAACUAGUACAAAUGGAACUAUAUAGUGAAACCGUAUUUGAAGUGAAGUUUUCUGGAAAUCAGUCCUGAUUCCUGCCGACAGUGAGCGCCUGAGAUGGAUCCUGGAUCGACUCUGGAACCAGUCCAGGAUGGAUCUGACAUAAACAUGAUGAAUGAAUCUGAGAGAGGUGCAUAACCUUAAUCUUGUGUUAGGGUUGGCACUAACCUGUUUCAGUUUUUAAUUGCAUAAAACAAUAAUUUAAAAUAAAUGUAUUCUAUCAAGGCUUCUUUGAAUUUGUCAGGAAUCUUGAUUUCAACAAAAUUAUUUGUUAACCCUAUAACACCAAACGUAUCAUAUUUGAUACAUGAGUUUGUCAGCCCUCCACAAGAGUAGUGUGACAUUUUUUUACCUGAAAAGCCAGAUGUAUACAAUCAGACACAUGCAGUGCACAGAUAAUCCACCAGAGGGCAGACAUUAAUUCAUUGGAGGGCUCUCCAGUGGCACUACAAGGCUGCCAUGUUUCAAGAGUUGGACAGAUGCGGUUUUUGAAGAAGAUAAAUUUGAAAAGCUUAUAGUAAGAAAAACAUUCAAAUUUGUACUAAAACA